ACUUUGUUUGUGUGCCCUUUACCUAUCAACAGUGCCUUAAUGUACAUUGAUGUGGAAUGAAUUUAAAUGAGCUAAAAUGAACUAAAGAUGCCUUCCUCCAAAGUGUGAUGACUACUGACGUGAUAGACGCCUUUAAACUGAAGACAGGAGAAGCCAUGGAGACCAUCUUCUACUCUGCCCUGCUGCUGGUCAAUGCUGUCAUGGCUGCCAUUGCCCAGGCUCUUUCCAACCUGCUCCUAGAGGCUGCUAACUACAAUGCUACCGACUGUGUGCAGCCCAGCUCAGUGGGUCAGUACCUGAGGUACCUGGUCACCAUCAUACCGGGGGGCUGCUACCUCCUGGUACUCAUCAUCAUCAUCUGGUUCUACCCAAUCACAGAGGAGACAAGGAAAACUACAAAGACUGCUCUAGACUUUUUGAAGUCCAUGGAAGAUGACUACACAGAAGUGCCCCUUCUUCAUGAUGAAUCAGUCCAGUAUAUUACUUAGACAACACAACUUGGAAAUGGAU